UGCUCAAGUCGUUUUAAUUUAAAUUUAUUACCUCAACUAUACUAAACUUUACAAAAAAAAAGAUGAAUUUAUUUUAUUUGUUACUAAUUUUUGGCUUUAGCAUGGUGCUGACUUUGCCUCAAUAUAAAAUCGAGAGAAAAGAAUUUAAUUUUAACAUUCCUCCACCAAAUACAAAUUAUGUUCCUCAAAUAACUACAUCUGGUGGUGGUACUCCUGAUGUGGGUAAAGUUAACAUUGAUGUCCGUCAAAAAAUUUGGGAAAGUCAAAAUGGCCGCCAUUUAAUUGAUAUCAACGGUGGUUAUUCGAACAAAUGGGGUGAUCCCCAUAUUAAGGCGACUCCAGAUAUUCGUUAUGGAGUUGGAUAUACUUUUAAACUUUAAAGAAGUUUAAAAGCAUGAAAUGUUAUUUGUUAAUAAAUUGAAAUUUAAUAAGUUUUAUAAAAAAUCAUAAAUUUUACAAAUUUUCAAACAAAAUUAAAAAAAGUUAAAAAUUUAUUAAAAAAUUAAAAUUUUCUAAAACUUAUUUCUUAGACUUUAUUAAAUGAGAACCUUGCUAAGACGAUCUA